AUGUUAGUGUAUUCAGAAGUCAAUUCUCCAGCAAGACAAUUAUUUUCAUGUUGCAAUGACUGCUCUAUAGAUAAAGCACUUUUGACUAGAAUGAGACAAGAAGAAGUUGAGGAUUUAAUACCAUUAUCAACUAAAAAACUACAAGAAAUUUAUGACUUCGACAGUGAAUAUUUGACAUCAAAAUUUUUUUCAAGAAAUUCAACACAAUCCAGUAACGUAUUAACAUAUCCAUUUAAAUGUUCCUCGACAUCGGCAUUUAUUGCCAAACAGAGUGAUUAUGAAAAAAUUCGACCGAAAGAUACUUGGCAUUGGAAGACAAGAAAUUUAUUGAAUAAUUCUGAUGUCAGUAAGUGUGGGAAAACCAAAUCCUAUUUAACACCCGAAAUCUGUCGAAAAGAAUUCAUAAAACUAAGUAAAUCCAGUUCAUUGAGCAGAAAAUAUCGUCAAAUGACAAUAUUAAAGAUUCUACCAAGAUGGCAUGAACAAAUACUAAAACUAGAUGGAUUCAAGUAA